AUGCGUUUCACGGCCCUCCUCGUCGCUGGCAUGGCCACCAUUGCCUCUUGCAUUCCUGCACAGCAGGUCGCCGACAACAUUGGGCAGAUUACGGCACUGUCCCGUGACCUCCAGACUCCUGCCAAGUCGCUCUCCAUCCUGGAUGGACCCCUUCUCCUCACUGGCCAAGGCAACUUCCCACCUGUCAUUCAAGGCUUCACCGAAAUCGUGAACGUUGGCACUGCUUUCCUGAACGGCAUGAACCCGGAAGAGUACAGCCCUGCGGAUUCCGACAUUAUUUUCGAAUCCUUCCGAACUUUUGUCAAGGUUCACCAGGAGCUCCUGAACAUCCUCAUUGGAAAGUCUGGUCUCUUUAGCACGGUUCCCUUUAUCGGCCAACCCGUCGCGGCAGUCCUUCGUGCUGUUGAGGGUGUUGUCGAUUCUCUUGCUUUCUCCCUCAUCGACAUGGCUGAGUCUGCCGCCCAACCGCUGCAAAAAGAGGCCGACUCUCUCGAUGGUACACUGCAGACUGCUAUCGACUCUUACUCUGGCCUUCAGCUGUCCUAG